CACCGACGGAAGCAGCGCACGGAAUUGGCAUGAGUCUUGAAUGAUGAGUACGGGGGGCAGAAGGCAUUGUAGGGGUUGACUGAUUGGCAGACACACACCUUCUUGCAACGCAAUAAGGAUCCAGCGGACUCAGGUCAUUCAAGCCAUGGAUAGACUAUCGAGCAAAGCCAAGGGCGGUGCUGUGAAUGGCCAGGACAAGAACUCACAGCUUGAUGCCUACUGUGGAGCAGACCCUCUGGCAAUAGCCAUGGCCCAGAGCGGGAUCCAGGGCGGCGACGACUGGCCGUUCGCCGAGCCGGAUCCCGAUCCGGACCCGGACCCGGACCCCGGCCCGGACCCGGACGACUGCGACGCCCUCCUGUUGCCCGCGCGCGCUCCCGCCCGUUCUCUCGUCGGCGCCGACGAUGCGGACGGCUCGCUGGACGGCUGGCUCAGCUCCUACUACUACACGGUGGCGGAGGGCGACGAGCACCGCGGCCGCCAGCGCGACCCCGAUGACCCGCCCGACGACGGGUGCGAGGACGCCGAGGACGACCCGGACCGCUUCCUGGAGGACGGCGAGGAGGACGUGCUGCUGGACUCGGUCGACGCGGCUGGGCUCGCGCCGCUGGACUCCGGGGCGGUGGGCUCGGUGCUGCCCCGGCUGGUGGCCAGCCUCGGCUGGACGGACACCGUGCGUCGGCCCCCGUUCACGGCCGAAGAGCUGGCCGCCCUCGCCAUCUGCUCGGCGCCCGAGCGACACGUCUCGGUCGCGCACGUGGCCGCCUUCGUCCGGCGCGAGUACCCCUUCUUCCGGCAGCAGGCGCAGCUGCAGACGUGGCUGCAGCAGGCGCUGCUGGCGGGCGCCCGGCCCGCCUGGCAGGAGGACCACUGCUACGCGGCGCCGCGGCCGCCCGUGCGACGCAUCAAGCUCGCCACCAAGACGUGA